AUGAGCAACGGCGCCUAUGGAAACGAUGGAGGCGCGGUCGGCCGGGAGAGCAUCAACACGGAAAUCGUCACGCUUUCCAGGUAUCUGUCUGAAGAGCAGACGAAGCACAAGGAGGCAACGGGAGACUUCACGUACGUUGGGACUUACAGAAUGGGUCUGCUUGCUUGAGGAGGGUAUCCGCUGACCAUCUCUCGCUCUGUGUAGUCUGCUCUGCCAUGCUCUCCAAUUCUCCUUCAAGUCGAUAGCGUAUUACAUCCGCCGCGCCUCGCUGAUCAACCUGUCUGGACUCGCUGGCUCUUCGAACACUACGGGAGAUGACCAGAAGAAGCUUGAUGUGAUUGGAAACGACAUCUUCAUCGCCGCCAUGCGAUCGAGUGGACGUGUCCGCGUGCUUGUGUCGGAGGAGAAUGAGGAGGCAAUCGUUUUCGAUGGAAACCCCAACGCUCGAUACGCUGUUGCUUGCGACCCGAUUGAUGGAAGCAGCAACUUGGAUGCCGGUGUCUCUGUCGGUACCAUCUUUGGUAUCUAUCGACUCGAGGAAGGCGCCAAAGGCACGAAGGAGGACCUCCUCCGCCCGGGCACAGAUCUCGUGGCUGCUGGUUUCACCAUGUACGGUGCUUCGGCCCAGCUCGUCUUGACCAUGAAGGGCGGCCCGGUCAAUGGCUUCACCAUGGACAACGCACUCGGCGAGUUCAUCCUCACGCACCCGAACAUGGACAUGCCGAAGAAGCGCGCGAUCUACAGCUGCAACGAGGGCAACAGCAAGUACUGGGAGGAGCCCGUGAAGGAGUGGUGUGAAAGCCUGAAACAGGCAGAAAAGCCGUACUCGGCGCGGUACAUUGGUUCCAUGGUGGCUGACGCGUAUCGGACGCUGUUGUACGGCGGCAUUUUCGCGUAUCCCGCGGACAAGAAAUCGCCCAAGGGCAAGCUGCGAAUUCUCUACGAGUGUGGACCAAUGGCUAUGGUGUUCGAGAAUGGUAAGUCCAGAUGGCAUACUUGUGUCUUGAUACCACCAAAGAGUGCGUCGAUGGCUAACACGAGUUGCAGCUGGCGGUCAAGCAGUGGAUAGCAAGAUGAGGCGUAUGGUGACGGUGGUCCCGGAGCACAUCCACGACCGAAGCGGUAUCUUCUUGGGCAGUUACGACGAGGUGCAGAAGGUGAUUGACAUCCACAAGAAGCACGGAAUCACGGCAUGA